GCUCGCUGCUGCUGCUGCAGCGUAGCAGCUGACGUCGACGCCGUCGCUUCUGUGAAAUAAGCUGCUGACUCAAACAAAAUAUUCAAAUGGAGACAAAGAAUCCCCCGCCCACCGUGACGAGCAGCUAUCACCAUCAGCGUGCGCCGCGCACUCCCGAAAGCUAUUUCAAUGUGCCCGAGUCGGUGGCUCUGCUGAACAUCGUCAAGUCGGAGAGAAUCCAGAGCGCGUUCCAGUCGAAUCGCAAGAAUCAUGCGAGCGUAUGGGAAAUGGUCGCCGAGGUGCUGAACCGCUUCAGCGCACGCAAGCGAACGGCCAAGCAGUGCUGCAAUCGGUACGAGAACCUGAAGAAGAUCUACACACAGCUGAAGAAGAAUCCGGAGCGGCACGUCCGGCGCAACUGGCCGUAUAUGUUCCUGUUCAAGGAGAUCGAGGAGCAGCGCGGCGAGUGCUGGGGCUCCAAUGGGAAGCGCCUGGCGCUGAUCAGCAAGAAUCACAAUGAGCUCUCCUACUAUCAGCGGCGCCGGCAGGCCGCCGAGCUGGGCGUCCUGCUCACCAAGGACACGCUGACGCCCCAUCAGCACAAUUUGCUGCAGAGCCUCAGCCACGCCCACUCCACCGACUCGUCGCAGAGUGGGGCGAGUAAAAUGGAGCGCGGCUUUAUGCCAAAUCACUUCGUGGAGACGCAGCUGAGCGAGGGUCCCUGCCCGAAUGCUCCGCUGCCGGUGGGCGUGGGCCAAGUGGGCGUGCCCGGCGUGUACGAUGACAAUCCCUUGGCGAACGCCGUCGCAGCAGCUGCAGCAGCUGUCGCCCAACUGCAGCAGCAACAACAACAACAGCAGCAACAGCAACAACAACAGCAGCAACAACAACAGCAGCAACAGCAACAACAACAACAACAGCAGCAUCUCAAUCACAGUCACAAUCACAGUCACAGUCACAGUCACAGUCUCAAUCACAGUGCCGCAUUUAAGGAUCACGGACAUGGCCUGCACGACGAGCCGCCGGAAGCUUCGGAUUAUGAUAAGGACUGCAAUGGAGCGCUUAACUUGCAUCACAACAACAGCAGCGGCAACGACAAUAACAUAUCCAUGAAAUCCGAACCGCUCUCCGAAGGUGAAUUCAAUCCGGAUGACAUACAGCUAAUGCAAACCAACUACAAUGGCGCUCAGAACUUCUACUCGCCGAGCAUGGAUCAGAAUAUUCUGCAUCCGGAUGUGAUUGUGGAUACGGAUAAUCUAUCCGAUUGCAGCUCAUCGGCAUCGCUGAAGAGCGGCAAACGGAAGAUGUCCACAUCCACGGAUGGGGAUAGCACCAACUACGAACUGAUCGAGUAUCUGAAGCGGCGCGAGAAACGAGACGAGGAGCUGCUCAAGCGCAUGGAUGCACGCGAGGAGCGUUUCAUGAAUCUGCUCGAGCGCACAGUCAUUGCCAUCGAGCAGUUAGCAGCGGGCAAGGCUCAAACACUAGUGGCCAGCAAAGCCACCGAAACGGAAACAGCAAUGAAUACGGAUUUGGGGGCAGUUACUCCGGCUCUAGAUUCACCCGGAAAGUGCGUGGACGCAGACGGUGUAAUAGAUGCAGAUGUUGCGGCAGAGGAGUCAGAAGUGGAAUUAACGGGAGGGGAAGUAGAGGCAGAAACAGUGGGAGCAAGUACAGUGGAAACGAAAGUCGACGACAUAGAAAAGGGAGUAGAAAUAGGAGCAGAUGGAGAGAUCGCUUCGAAUCAAACGUAAACCAAACAAA